AUGGAGAACAGACCCGAGCGAAGAAAAAGGCUGACCAAAAAUCAAACUCGGGAUUUAAUAGCAAAGCACAAUAUACACUUCAAAGGUCCACUGCAUCAUUCCAAAUGGCCCGAGCAAUAUUUUUCUAUCUUUCAACCCAUCCGCCAAAUCGAAGAAGUCAAGUACGAAAAAUACUAUGGCGAAAUGAAAAUAUGUGUAGAGACACAAAAGCGGGUUCAAAUGAACAAAAUGAUCCGAGCUACGAAUGAGCUAAUGAAUGAGGCUGAGCAAUGUCGUCAAACCCGUGCAAAUGAGCGAGACUGGAGGGGCGCGACAGAGAGACUGGUUUUGAAACGCUUCAUGGAAGACCUGUUUUGUUAUCGAUGUAAAGGACGUCAGUGGAAAGCCGAGUUCCAGGCUGAGCCUAUGUGCCCAAGGGCUGCAUUUGAACUUUCCCAAUCCCCAUACUCAGAUGGUCGCAGAAUAUUCGCAGGGAUACAUGAGCCAAGCAUAUCUGACCCAAUGAUCCCCGCAGAUGGAAGGAGAAAUCCUGAUUAUGUUCUCGGACUUUUGGAAGGAGAAAACUCCCCACUGAGCCGUGCUAUGAAAGAUUCAGCAGGGAUGUCAUUCACUCCACUGGACACUGGUGGCCAUGUUUUAUUCCCUUUCCUCAUCCUUGAGGCUAAGUCAGGGGAUAAUUGCUCCGAUUUCUCUGCGAUUGAGAAACAAACAGCUUUUCCGAUCAGAAAGCUAGUCAAUUUUCAGAGAUCGGUAGCAAGAACAACGGAAGAAAGGAGCUAUCAUCCAUUGGUAUGGUUUUUGGCCUUCAGAAGUGAGGAUUGGAAAAUCCAUGGCUGUUUUCCCACUUGCGGCGGAGGAGUACAAAUCAUUCAACUUUGGAGUGGCGAUAUUCGCGGGGCCGAUUGUGCAUUGCAACUGUUUCUGAUAAUUGACAUGAUUUGCGACUGGGCUGCGGACAUUUACUUGAAGGAAGUUAUAAGUUGGAUGUCUGUUGGCCUAGGUGCUUUUCCAGAAGAGAGUGAUACAGACAGUGAAAACUGGUCUGAUGCAAAGUCUCAAUCGGGGGAGUUACCUGGUGAACAGGACACUAUCGAGAUGACAGAUGACCCGGAGCACGACACCGAGACAGUGACCGUCUACUCCUCUGUGGCAUCCCCGCCACUGCCCCCUACGCCAGGAGGUUUCCCUCUUGAUUGGGACAUGGCUUCGAUUCCUCCACCUCACAGAGAAGAUUCGGUCACUCGCAACAUGGAUGAGAUCUCUUUCUCGUUUCAUCACCUUACAUUGCCCGAGUCAACAGAAGAACUUGUUGCAUUUUUAUCGAUUCCUGGCUCACAAUCUGAGGAUAUCGGUCAAAAUGCAGCAAAAUUACUAGGCCUAUUUAAUCUGCGGUGUUCUUUUCAGGUCACUGGGAAUUUCGUGUCCAAUUUGGAAGAGUUCUGGACCGAGAACUCUGGUUCUAGGUCGCACCCAAUGCUCAACCACGAUGAGCUGAUGCUUGCUCAUAUAUCCUUCCGAUCGCAUGCCCGACCAGAUGAGUUUCUCAUGCUGAGGGAUUUAUCCUGCAUCAUUGCAUCGGCUGAUGCCAUCAACACUUUGCAUACUAUUGCGGGAAAAAAGCGAUCGAUACCCAUUGGGGAUCGAAGGUGCUGCCUGCAGAAUCUAGAUAUGGUGACCCCUUUGAAGAAACUAUCUAGAUCAGAAUCACUCCACACAGCUUCUCGAACCAUUUGUCUUUCCUUAUGUGUUGAGAAGGAACCGUCAGAUCCAACCCCCAGAUUUACAUGGACUCAAGACGGCCCACGUGCAAAUUAUAUCUCCGGACUUUGGCAGAGCUUGAAAGCUGGGACUGCCAGAGCUAAUCUUUCCCCAAUUCUGGGAAGUUCCAUCGCAAGCUACAAAAUGGACCGUAAUGGCAAUGGCCUGCUCCGCUUGCUUUCGUUGGAAUGA